AUGGCCCGCGCUGGCAACGUGCUCCGUGCGCCGCGUAUGGAGGUCGAGGCGAUUGCCGACCGACUCGCGCAGCGCGACGCGCGCGAGCGCGCAUGGCUGCCCUUUGUUGCAGAGUUCCACGCCGCGACGGACUACGUCCAGCGCCAAGGGCACGCGUUCCGCCCGCGCAGGGGCGGCGAGGGGCACGAUGCACUCGCACAGCUCGAGCACCAGGUAUCGGAUCUACGCAUGGAGAAUGUUGAGCUGCGGCGCAGCCACACGGCCCAGACCCAGAGCGCCGCCGAGGCGGCCUAUACCCUCCACCGGCACCAGCGCGAGCACGAAAAGACGCGCGACACGGCGCGCGUGCAGCACACGCAGCUCACCGACCUCCGCGCGCUGCUGGAGGCGAAGAACGAGGCGAUCGAGCACCUACAAGACGAACUCGCGACACAGACGCUCGAGCUCGACAUGCUCACGCGGCAAAACAAGGAGCUGCGCACCGAGAAUACCUCGCUCCUCGACCGCUUUCUCGCACUGAAAAGCGCGCUCGCCGACGAGAUGAACCGCGCCACGGCGCACGCGCCGCCAUAG